CCAACAGUUCACCGCGCGCUGUCGCUCGGUGCGCUUGUGUGUCGUUUCAACGUCCAAACGUAAAACAGACUUGAAAUCUCGCAACCAACACAAGUGCAUAACAAUUUGUAGCGUUAUUUUUGGUUAGUGUCACUAUUUAUAACGUACAACACGAUAGUGUGCAUCCUGGCUCGUCAUCGUCAAUGUGAAAUUGGAUCUGCAGAACGAAAAAUAAACAUAUCAAUCCGGUGUAAAAAGUGUAAGCGGCGCUGUCUCAACGUCCACCUCCACACGCCUGCUGAUGACACAAUAAAUUGUGAUGCUGACACACACAGGUCCCUAUAGAAAACUGCGUCCUAGAGGACGAAGAAGGACGUUCUAACAUACAAAUAAUUUAACGUGGAAAAAGUGCCUAAAUCGCUAUAAUGAUGCUGAAUAAUCGACGCAAUUUUGUCUUUAGAGUGAGUAUCGUGAUUAACAUCGCCGUACUAUUGUACGCUGCGAUGCAUUUAUCUAGUAGCAGUACCCCAGGGGUCGAAUGGAUGCCGAUGACGGUCGAGGGAUCUGAGAGAAGCGCCGAAUUCCGGUAUAUUAAUAGAGAGGAGAGUCGAAAUGAAACGGACACGAGACCGCCAGAUUCGAGUGUGAGAAACUUUGAGGAGUCGACAUCACAGAAGACUCCCUCUACCAUGCCGACUACAAAUAAAACAACAUCCAGUACCGCGUCGGUGCCAGAAUUAGAAAAGAAAAUAAACAGUGCUCUGCCCGAACCUGACUCAUCAAAUGGUACGGCUUUGGAAAUAGACGAUGAGGAUGCACUAGCUCCAGCAACUCUCUCAUAUCUUCGAACAUUAUUGAGUUGUAAUGAUAGAGAUAUGUUGCCGCAGACAUUGCAACGCGGAGAUUAUUGGGUUUUGAAGAAUUUCGUUCGUGCUGAUCACGGUUUCAUCAUGUGCCAUGAAUCUAUAACCUACACAACACACGCCGGUUUUGAGUUUCUAGAUAACGUCCAGCCCCUAGUUGAAAGAUGGAUGGCCCCAGUGAGUCUCGCGAUUCACGCGCCGGGUACCGACAUGGCCCCCACGGUGAAUAGCAUCAGAUACCUGAGGGAUUGUCUCGGGAACGAGCUCAUCAAACAGUUCGUCACCUUCCACGUGUUCUUUUCACAUAAAAACGUUCCCACUAGUAUACCAAAUCCGGAAACGUUUCUCCAGAUCCCAUACAAUUGCUCAGCGAAGCCGCCAUAUAACGUGAACGCUAGUUCAACGUAUAUGAAAGCCAAGAAUCUUUUGUAUCCUGUGAACGUAGCUCGCAACAUCGCCAGGGAGGCUGCUGUCACACAUUAUAUAUUGCCAUCAGAUAUAGAGCUGUAUCCUAGUCCUAAUUUAGUACCUAGGUUCCUAAAUAUGAUAGCUAGAAACGCUAAACCGCUAAGCACCUCCACUAAACCUAGAGUCUUUCCGAUAAGCAUAUUUGAAGUCGGUGAAAAGGUUCAAGUGCCAUCGACAAAGACAGAGCUUCGGGCUAUGUUAGCUAACAAGACGGCUAUCCCGUUCCAUAAAUUCGUCUGCCCCAAUUGUCACAACAUACCCGAGGGUCAGAAAUGGAUGAACACACCAGAAACUAAUCGUAUGGACGUUUUUCAUGUUGGCAAGCGACGUGGCAAAUUUGUGCAUUGGGAGCCUAUUUUCAUCGGAACCCACCAAGACCCUUAUUACGAUGAGCGGCUCAGCUGGGAGGGGAAGAAGGAUAAAAUGACACAAGGAUAUAUCCUCUGCGUCAAAGACUAUGACUUCAUGAUAUUGAAUAACGCAUUCCUCAUCCACAAACCGGGUAUCAAACAUUAUGUAAAGAAUCCCAAAAGAGACGCCAUCGCUGGCCGACAAUCGUUGCUUAUCAAAAGUAUUAUCAUGCCGCAACUAAAAGCUCUCUUUGGGGCGAGGAGCGGCUGUGCUCUGUGACCGAAAAAAUAUAAGAUAACGCUGAGAGUGGCAUAAAGCAGUGUUAGAUGCAGCAUAGAAAUGUUCUGCCAACAUCCAUGUUACAGGGUGCGUCUUUCCGCCUCAGUUUUAUAGACAUUUACAGAUAGCGAUGGUUAUAGACUAGACAUAUCAUUAAGUAAUGUUUAAAUUAAGCCAACGUCAAUAAGUCCUUCGAUUCCGUGUCACUACGACUUGUGAAGUAACACAGUGCCUAUAUCGAAAGUGUAUUUUGUAAUUGACUCUGAGUUUUCAUAACGAAUGGUUAAACCGAAUUUUAUAGACUAUACCUUCUAAUCGAGGCCUAAUAUUAUAAUUGUGUUAGAGGUCAUUUUUAUUUAAUGUAAAUAUUAUAUGUUCUAAAUUCGAGGCUUAAUUUAGUUUCAGUAAAGAAGUCACUUGACUGUUGUAUUUAAGUGGUUCUUUACAUGACUAGCAGAUUAAGCUUUUAUAUCUAAUAACGCUUCUAUUAUCUUAAAUUCAAUAUUAUAUUCAAAGUAAAAUAGAUUUAAUUAAGAUUACUUUUAUUUUAUAACAUUUACAAGUCCAUAUAAAUUAUAUGUAAACUAUUCCUGAGAUGCAUUUUAUUUUAAAGGUGGUUUAUAUAGAAAAACAUUAUAUAAUGUAAGUUGUAGCGUUGUAAGCGGCCGAUGGAAGUGAACAGCAGAUUGUGUAAUGUAAGGUUUUGCCUAUAUGUAGACUGUAGGUUACUUUGAUGUUUAUGCAAAGUCUAUAUACAGCCGGCUUUUGAACUCUAGAUAUUUUAAGGGCCUUCGUGGUGAUUAUAGUCAGUGUUAAACUCACCACGUCCGAAUUAGUUCUGUAAGUUUAGUCGUAGUUUACUUGUACUAUGCGGAAUACUACUUAUUAAAUGCAUUAUAGAUGUUUCUCUUCGUUUAUCUCGUCUUAGUUAUAUGGGGUUUUGGUUUUGGUACAUGCAUGUGGUGAGUUUACACUCGGGCGUCUGAAUCUGGUGCCUCUUAGUGUAAGUUCAAUAACCUAUGAACAGUCUCUCAAUGUGAUCAUUUAUUAAAAUGUAUUUAUCGACAUAUACUAAAUAUAAGGAAAAUUAUGUUAAAAAAUUCAUAAAAAUCUACAGGUAUGUAAUUGGAAAUAAAGAAUUUUAAAAUUCAAA